GUGCUCGCUGGCUCCAUGAUUCCAAAGAAUAAGAUCCCAAGCAGCGCCACCCUCAAUAGGGCGCAGGGGCUCAGAAUCAGGCGCAUGGGUGCGCCGGUGUAGGUCCACAACGAUUUGGCACAGGCUGUAGUGUUAUCGCUUCUACUGCCGAGACGUUUUCUAACCCAGUUCCUUUCCUUCAGUUAGUGAUUUCUGGCACCCGGCGAUGGUGGACUCUGCCGGGUCACAGAUCCACAGUCCAGGAUAGCAGUCCUGUGCGUCUUACCUGCGCACACAGCCAGCGACGGUUUCAGAGCAACUUUUCCGGUCUACCUGCUCCAGGUAGGUAAUUUAGGGGAAAAUCUGCGUAAAACAUCGGAAAUGUCGUUUACAUGCAGCAAAACAAGAUGUAUGGUGAAAGACGCACAGAGUCCGUCCCAGUAUCAGAAUAGAAUAAUACCGUAAUAUAUAUAAUAGAUGGCCAGAAAUAAGACUCUUACACGGCAAUAUUAACUGAGCCACAAUGCUCAUCUAACGUAACAUACAGCAUAGACUCCAGACCAUAUGAGACAGUACACUGUCAGCGACGUUAUUCUUUUCAGCGUGUCACGCGCAGUGUGAAUUGUGUGAAGUGUUGGAGAAGCGUGCGUCUUUACGUCACCAACACAAGUAGAGGUGCAUAGAGUCCAUCCUUCUACCAGCGGACACUUGUUAAAAGUUAGCUGUGUUUCUGUUUAAGUUUUUUUCCGGUGUGUAGUUUUCAUCUAUUUGUUUGUUUUAUUCGCCACAUUGCUAUGAAGUCAUUAUAGUGGAACAGUCUUCACGCACAGGAGUGGAGCUGUCACUCAGGAGCUGGAGAGGCGGAGCUUCAACCUUGUCCACAAAAGUCAGAGACAUUGCAGAGGUCAAGGGCUGUUCUGAAGGUGGGACAGGCCCCGCGUGGCGGAGAUGACACGCACCUGGCUAAGCCUUCCGCUGUGGUGGCUUUUGGUGAUGCAUAUUGAUGGACAAAAAGUGGUGGUAAAUACACAGGGGGAUGAGGCAGAGGGCUGUGGUGGCAGAGACUGCACCGUGUGCCAGUGUUUCCCAGCUAAAGGAGCACGGGGUGCUCCUGGUGCUCUAGGAAGACAGGGUCCUCAGGGACCCCCUGGCUUUCCAGGUCCCCAAAGCCCUCCCGGUGAAAAGGGUCACCGUGGUGACGAGGGCUACGUCGGUGGUCCUGGUCUGAAAGGAGAUAUGGGCAGUGCCGGUAGGGGAGGAUUUCCUGGCUUAAAUGGUGUGGAUGGUCACCCAGGGCCAGGUGGCCUUCCCGGCCUGCCAGGAUUGGAUGGCUGUAAUGGAACCCGUGGUAACUUCGGAUACCCUGGCAUCCCAGGACAAGAUGGCUUACCAGGGUCAGCGGGUUUUCCAGGAGCGAAAGGAGAGACGGGUGACGUUUCGUUCAAAAUCACCUACAACCCUGGCCUCCCAGUAAGUGAAUCAGUAUCAACACACCUCAGAAACCAGGCUCUACUCUUGGAGACGUUGGUCUUGAUGGAUUACCUGGGCUCCCUGGCACUUAUGGACUUUCAGGUGUGCCAGGCUCAUCAGGGGCAGUGGGUCCAGAUGGAAUCGAUGGAGCUCCUGGUCAACCUGGCAGGCGGGGUCAGUCUGGUGACAAUGGAAGAUCUUUACCUGGAACCAAAGGCGAUGAGGGUGAUGGCGGACCCCAGGGCCCCCCAGGUCCAUUUGAAGUGGUGGAGCGUCCAGAAGAUUAUUAUCAGAAAGGAGAGCAGGGAGAUCCAGGACCCAGAGGGGGAUUUGGAUCGAAUGGUCCAUCGGGUUUGACUGGACCUCCGGGAGAGAAAGGAGAGAAAGGUGUCCGUGGCUACCCCGGAGACAGAGUAUGAC